CCUCCGCCUCCAGGCCGCGGAAGAGGAAGCCAGCUGAGCGGGCGGCGAAGCCAAGGGCAGGGGAGCGGGCCGAGCCCGCCAAGCAAGUGCGACGGAGGACUUAACCCUUGCCUCUGUGCUCCACUCCUCCACUGACCAAGAAGCAGUGUGUUCAGUUUGAAUGCAGAAGACACAGAUUCCUAUCCUCAAGUUGUGAAGCUAAGUGGAUGGCCUUAGGUAGGCCACAUCCCCUGGUUCUCUGCGGCUGAAUGUAGUAACACAGGCUGGCCAAACUGACUGCAGUGUGAAGCAGAUCGAAUAGCACACCCCUCUCUGUCUCCGUGGAAGCUCCUAACUGCCCGUGGCCUGCAGUGAACCAUGGCUUCUUCUGUUCUCUGGGCAAUCGACUAUGAGGUUUUUGGGGAAGUCCAGGGUGUCUUCUUUAGAAAGUACACAGAAGACCAGGCGGGAAAGUUGGGAGUGGUUGGCUGGGUGAAGAACACUGCCCAAGGGACAGUGACCGGACAAGUGCAAGGGCCCAAGGAGAAAGUGGAGAUCAUGAAGAACUGGCUACGCAGUGUAGGAAGUCCCAUGUCUCGUAUUGACCAGGCUGUGUUCUCCAAUGAGAGGGAGAUCAGCACCCUUGAGUUCCAGUCCUUCACCACCAAAUACUAGAGCCUGCUGGCUGGUCAGGAUGGGAUGUCCACCUCCAAGAAUAAGGAAGGAUCCUCAGCUCAGAAGGAAGCACCACUCUCCCUUUCUGGGACAGGCUGUGCUGCUGAUGACCGAAUUCCACUCUGUUCUAGGCCCAUGGCACUUCAAGUACCCUUUUGGAUCCUUCCAGCUGCUAGCUAUCUGGAAAGUACCAGUUGCCCACUGGUGUCUAUAAAGAGGUUGUAAGCUCUUUUUGUUGCUUUCCAUCACUUGUGAGGGGGGCGGAGGCAGAAAAGAGAAAAAUCAAUUGGAGGGGCCCUGCCUACAUCCGUCUCUCCAGGAGACCUUCCACAAUGUUACUUUCACAAUGUGUUAACAAGCACGAUUGCCUGGUCUUAGAACCCUCUUUCGGACAACCAUAGGGAUAAAAGGCUUUUGAAUAACAGGUAGCUCCUCAGUUACACACUUGCUCACUAGAGACAGGCUGUCCUCCCCUUCACAUCAGUGCCCCACUCAGAAGAAUAUUGGCUCAUUAAAUAUUAUCUUAAGAAAGAAAACGAAUGGUCUCUUCUUUUUUGGGAGUUGGGUAAGGUCAGGUGUGUGCAGGACAUCAUUGGAUAAGGAAGAUAAUUUAUGUUUCUGGAAAAUCUUUUUGAAAGACCUGAAGACAGAGUUAGGAGGCAGAAGGUGACUGGGGGAAUGCAAUGGUCUAGUGUUGGCAACAUGCAGGCCU